AGACUUUACAGUUUGCAUGUUGGGAAGCCAGAAGCCCUUCUGAAUUCUCUUUCUCAGAGAAAACAGGAAGGAUUUAACCAAGAUGCAGGCACAGAAGCGUAGUUCCUCAGAGUGUUACAACACCACUACAGCCAAGAAAUUUAAAAGUGAUAGCGGAGCAGUCGCAAAUUCUAGCAAUGGGUCAACCUCAUGUUCCAGAAAACCUAUCAGACCAAAAAUCACGUGGCCUUGAUGACGUCAAAACCAUGAUUUUUUUUUUAUCUUUUAAAGCUGUUCAUUCAAGGGGCUAAUGUGUUCAAAUUGAUGUGUUUAAAUAAAUCGGGCAAUCCCAAUUGGUAUAUUGCCAUAUAUUGCCAUAUAUUGCCAUUGGCUGUGCACAUACCGAUCUCUCAUAUUGUCAUAUUUAUGAUCAACAAUCUUCUUGGACUUAUCUUAAAUCUUGACGGUGGUAGUAUUUAUUAAAUAUAUGGUUUGUAAAUUCUGUAUUAUAGUUUACUUGUGAAAGACUUAAUUCUUUUUUUCAUAUUUUUUCAGACUAAAAUGGAAUCCAUUGAACCAGCCAAACGGUAUAUUAUAACCCGGGAGCCCAUUGGAUCUGCAAAUAAACAUCUAACAGAUCAAACCACGCUUAUUCUCAACCUACAAACUGACAUCAAGCAAAUACAGACCUGGAUUCAGAUUUUGGCAGACCAGAUAACAGGGGUAGAUCGGAAAACGGAUGGAGUCUAUGGAAAACUGGAUGGAGUAUUUGGGAAAAUGGAUGACGUCUCUGAGAAAAUGGAUGGAGUAUGUGGCAGAAUGGAUGGAAUCUCCCAGAAAAUAAAUGGAGUUUCUGAAGAAAUUACAAAUUCUGUUAAAGCUUUGAAAAAUCAGCAAUUUAAGCUUUCAUCACAAAUCAAAACCGGUUCUUCUGUUCAACUAAUCACCACGUGCACACAAACCCCUAAGACCAUCCAAACAUCCUCAGCUGAAUCUGUGAAGCUCUGUAAAACUGCGAAACCUGAACUAAGUCAAGAAGGGGGUCCUACUGUUCUGAUGAAUACUCCUGGAACCAGGGUCACUGGGUCAUCUCAGGUUGUUACUUUAAAUGCAGAAUCAGAUUUCCCUCAUGGGUCUUGGUUAGGAAAUCCUGAAGAUGUUCAUAGAAGGGUUCGAGUUCCUAUUUCCAGUGAAGAUCUAUACAAUCUAGAACAAUCUCAACCAGGAGCAGAAAAACUAGCUCUGGCUCUUCUAGACAGAUUAUUCAGUAGGACAACCCUAGCGGAAUCUAAUCUGACAGGAAAGGGACGACAUAAGAAGAAACAAUUAAAUCCUCUAUUUAUCUAUGGAAUAUAUUCACAUCUCAAAUACCAGUAUUCGAUUUCAGAGUUGGAUUGGAACCGUCUGAAGAACAAUAUAGAAGCAAGAUGUAGGUUUCUUUUCAAACGGAAACUCAAGAAACUUCCAUUAGGUGAACCUAAACCUAUAGAACCUGCUAGUGCUGAGAACUGUAGUAUUGUAGUUUAUCCACUCUAUCAAGUAGAUAGUAGCCACCUUAUGCAGGUUGGACUGGAAGGAUUAGAUCAUCAUGUGCUUCAGCAAGGAUCAGAUUCUCUAGAGCUUCAGCAGGUACCUGGAGAAAUGGAGCACAUUCAACCCAACCCAACCAGGAUAGAUCCAGACUCUACUCAACACCUGGAGGAAAUUGAUAAUUCCGGAGGAGAUAGGUUUGAAGAGAUUGAAACCUCGGGAGAAGGUUUAGAGGAUAAACCAGAGGAUUUGGAGGCUGUGAGAGAUGGAGAACUAGAUCAUCUUGAACCUGUUGCUGUUCUCGAGGUUGAAGCUACGGAGGAGGACAAGGACAAAGAUAUAGUUGAGGACGGGGUUCAGGGAACUCCGGAGCUAGGACAAGAAACACUUACUCUGACAUCUAGCGGAGAACUUAUUAUGACAGAUUUAGGAUCUGUGAUAUGUAUUCCUGAACAGGAAGAAGAAGACUGUAUGAUGGUUUCAUCUGUACAUUACAUGUAGUUUAUACCUUAGCUUAAGCUUACAUAAUGGUUUCAUCUUUACAUUUCAUGUAAUUUAUGACAUAGAUUGUACAAAUGGUUUCAUCUGUACAAUACAUGGAGUAUAUAUAUACACUAGAUUUAUAUGAUGGUUUCAUCUGAUUACAUUUAGAUUGUACAUAUUAUUUUUAGCUGUACACUUCAUGUGAACAAAAACUUGUACAUAGUGGUUUUAAAUGCACAAUAUUUUGUACAUAAUGGUUUCAUCUGUACAAUAGUUUUUCAUAAUGAUUUCAUCUGUACAAUACUUAAAGUUUUUGCAGCAGAGUGUACAUAUUUAUUAAUGGGAUUCCGUGUUUAGUUCAUGUUGUGUUAAUACAAAUUUUGAAUCGGUACAUAAUGAUUUCUCAGGUUUUUAAAUGGUAAUGAUAACAAAUGUUAAAUAUGAGAUUUUGUAUAUUUAAUAUGAAAAUAUUAUAUCUUCAAAGCUA